GUGGGUGUCUGGAGUCGCCGACAUCUCUGAAAAUCCUCUGCUUCGGGAUUCAUACAUUGCUCCAACCAUGUAGACUGUCUGUGUCCUCUGAUGAUCUGGAACCAGGUCGAUUAUCAAGCCUGACAUCUCGGACUGGAAGCAGUUUCUCAUAUAAAACUGACGAUGAAUCGAGAGUCAUACCGUGGUGUCUGCAGUGCUAAUUUAUCCAGCCUCGUCAAAAACUAUGGAAUUACUUGAGCUCGACUCUUUGGAAAUCACGGCAAUCAUCAACGAUGAGAUUGACUUGAUUUCUCCUUCUCAGCAUCCUAAUGUCCAUCAACCAGGGUCUUUUGCGGGUGUUCCCCUUGAAUUUCAUCACACAGAACCGAAAUGGACAAAAUCCCGUGGCGGUGCGUCCAUGGAGAUGCGCAUGGAUAGUAUCUGCUGUGGCGCACAUGGAUUGAGUCUCCUUCUUAAAGCUACAAGGGGCAACACCACCCGCACGCUUCUGUUCGACGCAGGCCCGGAAGGGGAGGCAUUAGAACGCAAUGUCGGACGUCUUGGCUUGAAAGACAAUGCCAUUGGCGAGGUCGAGAUCAUUGUAUUGUCACACUGGCAUCGAGAUCACUCUGGUGGGUUGAUCAAGGCCAUCGAGAUGGUCAAUGCUGCGAGACCCAAGAAUGCCACUGGAUCGUCAUUGUCUGGGCCGGUGGUUGAUGUCCCUACAGACCGCCCUCUGUACCGUGGAAUUGCGACGCCCAAUGGUCCGAUUUGCCUCGAGGCCGAUCCUACAGCGGAUGAACUCAUCGGUGCGGGUGCCGACGUGGUUGACGACGGUGAGAGCCAUGUUGUGAUGGAUGGCUUCUUCGCCGUGACGGGUCCGAUUCCUCGAUCGACGAUUUAUGAAACUGGAAUCCCUGGUGGUUUGCGGUUCGAUGGACCCAAAGGGCAAGAAGGGGGCCAGUGGAUCAAAGACGAAGAGAUCAAGGAAGAAAGAGUCGUGGUCUGUCGGAUCAAGGGUAAAGGUCUUGUGAUUUUCACCGGGUGUUCGCAUGCAGGCAUCAUCAACAUCACAGAUUACGUUUUGGACACUUUUUCUACAGAGGCAAGAAAGUCACACGAUUUCUACGCCCUUGUAGGUGGGUACCAUCUGGCGGACGCCUCGGAAGAUCGACUGCAAAACACGCUUGUGGACCUGACGAAGCUGAAGCCAUGUCUUUUGAUGCCAGGACAUUGCACGGGUUGGAGGUUCAGAGCACUUCUCGAACAAGAGCCACUGGCGUCAGCUGAGGAUACAGAUGGACAUCGUCAGAGACGGACGCUCAAAGGCCGGACGGUCCCUGUGUUUGCGGGUAAUAAAUACUGCAUCUCCGGCAGCAGUUGAACAAUUGAAGACAUCUCAUCAUCGAUGUUGUGC